UGCUUAAUAUAACAGAUGCAUGUCUUUUUUCUCUUUUUUUUUUGGAUUAUGUUGUGGAUUAACAUAUUUUUCUAUUUAAAAGUAAGCGUGUCCUCAUUUCAGACAUAAUUUGAUGCUUCUUAUAUAUGGUUUUAGUGGUUUCUCAAGUCAGGGAUUACUGACCUUUAUAUACAAUCAUAUUGUUAUUGUCUCUUCAGCCCAAUUCAUCACAUCAAGAAUCAGACAGAGCUGAUUAGAUUUCUUUAGUCAUGCCGAAACAGGAGUCAGUUGAUUCAUCAUCUGACAAGUACAAGUAUGAUGCUUUUUUGAGUUUUAGAGGUGAAGACACACACAAAACCUUUACAGAUCACCUCUACACUGCUCUAGUAAAUGAAGGUUUAAUCGUAUUCAGAGAUAAUGAGGAAAUUGAGAGGGGAGAGACUAUUAAAUCUGAGUUAGAAGAAAGUAUUCAGGAGUCCAGAAGUUGGAUAAUUGUAUUCUCAGAGAACUAUGUGUUCUCCAGUUGGUGCCUUGACGAACUUGUGAUGAUUCUCCAGUGCAGGAACAACUCAAAACGUCUUCUACUGCCUAUUUUUUACCAUGUUGACCCAUCCGAUAUUCGUAAACAAUCUGGUUCUGUUUCUCAAGCAUUUUAUAUGCAUGAAGAGAAGUUCAAGAGAGAAGGGGAUGAUACAACAAGGAGUGAGUUGGUGCACAAAAUAAAGCGAUGGAGGACGGCUCUUGCCCAGGUUGCUGACUUGGCAGGCAUGACGUUUCCGCAUGGAACAAAUGGGCACGAAGCCGAAUUUAUCAAGGAUAUAGUCAAGCGCGUCAGUGAUAAAGUGGCUUUUAACAUCUUAAGUAUAACACCACAUCUUGUCGGAAUCAAAGCUACAGCAGAGGCCAUAAAUUCAUGGAUAAGAAAUGGUUCCAACGAUGUGGAAGUGUUUGCACUCUAUGGUAUCGGUGGAGUGGGAAAGACGACCAUUGCAAAAUACGUUUAUAACAUGAACUUCCAAUUAUUUGAAGGCUGCAGUUUCUUAGAAAAUAUAAGAGAAUACUCUGAAAGGUGGGAUGGUUUGGUUUGUUUGCAAAGACAGCUUCUUGCGGAUAUAUCUAAGGGAAACACCCCAACCAUCAACAAUAUUAAUGAUGGCAUUUGUAAGAUACAAAGAGCUGUUCGUCUUAGGAAACUGCUGAUAGUCUUGGAUGAUGUAGAUCAAGUUGAACAAUUAGAUGCAGUCUUUGGGAUGCGAGAGUAUUUCCACCCUGGAAGCAAGAUCAUCCUCACAACUCGGGAUGUAGAUUUGCUGAAAGCUCGUGAACCUUGUACAAGACAUGCUGUGGAAACACUGAAUCUUCAGGAUUCCUCAGAGCUGUUCAGCCGCCAUGCAUUCCGAGAGAGUUGCCCACCAGAAUAUUACAAAAAGCACUCACAGAAGAUAUUAAAGCAAAGUGAAGGUCUCCCUUUAGCCCUUGAAGUUUUAGGUGCUUAUGUACGUGACAAAGUGUUGGAUGUUUGGAGAAGUGCGAUAGAGAAAUUGGAAGUAAUUCCUCACCACAAAAUUCAGAAAAUAUUGCAAAUAAGCUAUGAUUCUUUGGAGCAGGACUGUGAUAGAGAUUUAUUCCUUGAUAUUGCAUGUUUCUUUUGUGGAGAGGCCAUGUCACGGGUGGUCAUGAUAUUGGAUGAACGCAAAUAUCAGACAAGAAUUGCAAUUGAAAAACUUAUUGAUAGAUGUCUGUUGAAAAUUGAAUUUGGAAACCUCACAAUGCAUCAUUUAAUUCAGAGCAUGGGUAGAGAAAUUAUCCGCCAGCAAUCACCAAAAGAACCAGGGGAACGAAGUAGACUGUGGCAUUAUAAAGACUCCCUCGAAGUAUUAAAAGAUAAAACAGGAACUAGAGCAAUUGAAGGCUUAGCACUGGAAUUGAAUAGGGCUAAUGUAUGUCAGGUGGAGUUGAGAACAUCAGCUUUCUCCAGGAUGCACAAGCUUAGACUACUUAAGCUUGAUAAUGUGCGGCUAAAUGGUGGUUACGAGGACUUCCCUAAAAAGUUGGAAUGGUUAUAUUGGCUUGAAUGCCCUUUAAAAGCUUUACCCGAAGGCUUUCCUUCAACUAGCCUAGUCGUAAUUGAGAUGCAAAGAAGUAAAUUGCAAAAACUGGGGCAGGGAAGCAUGCUUUUUAAAUCACUCAAGUUUCUUGAUCUGAGUCACUCCCAUGACCUCGUGAAAAGUCCCAACUUUGCAGAACUCAUUGCUCUAGAGCAAUUGAUAGUCGAAGAUUGUGUGAGUUUAGUCGAGAUUGACGAGUCUAUUGGAAUGGCUGCUGGACUUGUGCUGUUAAAUUUAAAGGACUGCAAACUUUUGAAGACGCUUCCGAAGAAUAUUGGCAUGCUGAAGUUUCUGGAAACACUAAUCAUCUCAGGAUGUUCAAACCUUGACAAGCUUCCUGCAGAGAUGAAACACAUGGAAUCUUUAAAAGCUUUUCUUGCUGAUGGAAUUGAUUUUGGUAGUUCAAGCAAAACAACUGUGGAAAAUAAAACAUGGCGAGAUUUCAUCUGGGGUUGGGUUCCAAAAACUCCUCAACUCUCGUUGACUUCGUUACCGUCCGAAGGCAUUACUAAAUUGAGUCUGGUGAAUUGCAAUCUCCAUGAUUAUGAUUUUCCCAAGGAUUUAUUUUUCGGACACUCAGUGGAGUUCUUAGACUUGAGCAAGAACCCAAUCCGCUUCUUACCAGAUUGCUUUAAAGGCCUGAAAAGGCUCAAGACUCUCCAGACAGAAAAAUGCAAGCAGCUUCAAGCACUCGAAGGUAUACCAAACAUGUUAAAGCUCAUUAGUGCCGGUUCUUGCCGAUUAUUAGAAAAAAUUACGUUCAAUGGGCCGUUUAAGUUUUCUUUUGAUACUGUUAACGUAUUCAAAUGCGAGAAACUAAUAGAGAUGCAAAGUUUGUACAAGAUGGUACCGAUAGGAGAAAUAGACUCAAAAUUCAUUAACAGUUGUGGUAUUUUUGAUGUGGAAGCGAUAAAGAAAAUCCAAAUGACGUUAAUGAUUGUGUUCACAGCAGGCGGAACAUGGCCAAUCCAGGGAAUAUUUGAGGAUACGCCUUAUGGUAACAAGAUAUUCAACAUAUUUUACCCAGGGAGCAGUGUACCGACAGGUUUCACUUGUCAACACAAAGCAUAUUCGAUAUCCUUUACCGUAUCUCAUUCUAAACUCAAAUGCUUAAACAUCUGCGUGGUCCUGAAAUCUUCUCCCGAGGUAUAUCUGGUAAUCCAUAACAGAAGCAAGGACAAGAUAAUCUUAUAUGAUCGAUGUUGUUAUGGCAUGGCUGAACGAGGUGGAGAUAUGACAUGGUUAAGCCAUUGGACAUUUGGCAGUCACGAAAUGGGACCUGGAGAUGAGGUCAAUGUAUCAGUAUGGUGGGUAUGGACAGGCUACAAUUAUGAACCUCCCAAAGAGAUAGGCGUGAAUGUGGUAUAUGAAGAAGGGCCAGAAGAGGCAAGUGUUGAUGAGUAUGUCAUCCCAGUGGGAGCAGAGCCAGAUCAACAUUAUGGAGCCACACAAGUAUACUUCCUUGGUAACCGUGAUAGAGGGAUUCCAUCUUAUAUUCCGGGAAGAAUUGAUGAGAUACUCACCGACUGUUUGAUCACAACUUUACAGUGAGCACAACUCGUUAACAAAAAUUAAUGUGUAUUGUAGACUCUAACAACUCUUCUAAGAUUAACAUGUAUGUUCACCCCUGCUAAGGUCUCGAACCUUCAUCAUCAUCCUAGUGGCCUCUUCUUGCUUUAACACAUGGCUAGAUUUCAUCCAGGGUUUUGUUUCAAAAUUAAGAAUAGGUCCUCAACUCUCAGUAGCUUGUUUCACAAAGAUUACUGUUUUCCACCCUUACUUGAAAGUUUAAACCUGAGUAAGAACCCAAUCCGCUUUCUACCAGAUUGCUUCUAGGGUCUCAAAAUAUUCAAGAAUCUGCAAUUCAUGGAAUGCAAACAGCUUCAAGCGCUUGAAGAUUUAUAAUGAUACUCAAUCCAGGGAAUAUUUCAAGAUCCGGAGAGUGGCAAGGCAUUCAGCAUUUUUUACCCUGGAGCAGUGUUCCAAUAUGGUUCAUUAGUCAAUGCAAUCCAUCUUUAGUGUCCUGUAUCAUAUCCCAUUCCAAACUCAGACACUUAAACAACUGCGUCGGUUACAACUAACAGUUUUCGGCUAAAGAGAUUUGCAUAUCAAUAAUGUGCGGCUAGGUGGAGGUUACAAACAAUUCCCUAAAAAUUUGAAAUGGUUAUCUUGGAAAAAAUUCUCCUCAAGAUCUUAACCAGAUGGCUUCCCUUUGAGCAGCUUAGUUGCAAUCGACAUGCAAAGUAGUAAGUUGGAAAAAUUGGUGCACAGAGACAUGCUACUCAGAUCACUGAAGUUUCUAAAUUUGAGCCACUGCCAUGACCUUGUUGAAACUCCCAACUUUGCAACACUUUGUGUCCUGGAGCAAUUGAUCCGUGAAGAUUGUGUGAGUUUAGUCGAGAUUGAUGAAUCUAUUAGAAUGGCUGAAGGACUUGUCUUGUUGGAUUUAAAGCACUGCAAUUUUUUGAAGAGGCUUCCAAAAAAUAUAUGCAUGCUAAAGUAUCUGGAAACACUGAUCAUCUCAGGUUGUUCAAAUCUUGGAAUGCACCCUGUAGAUAAGAGAAAAAUGGAAUCCUUGAAAGUUUUUAUUGCUAAUGGAAUUGAUUUCGGUAAUUCAAGAAUAGGUCCUCCAUUAUCAUUGACUUCUUUACCAUGCAACUUCAUUACUAGAUUGAGUUUGGUAAAUUGCAAUCUACAUGACAAUGCUUUUCCCCAUGGAUUUCUGUUUCACAUCGUCAAUGGUGUUCUUAAGCUUGAGUCAGAACCCAAUCUGCUUCCUACCAGAUUGCUUUGAAGGUCUGAAAAGACCCGGGCUUCUACAAUUGAUAUAAUGCAACCGGCUUCAAGUGCUUGAUUUACCAUGCAAAAUUGAGACACUUUCGGCUUUUGACUGCCCAUUAUUGCAGAAAAUCAUAUCCAAUGAGCCAAGCUCACAUUUUGAAAAAUAUAACUCUCCUUUCCUAUGCAAGAAACUAACCGAAAUGGACACCAAAUUCAAGAUUGUACCAAUCGGAAAGAUAGAUAAGAAUUUUAUCAGAAAAUGUGGUAUCGAUGAUGUGGAAGCCAAGAAAAUAAUGCAGAUAUAGUUAUUCAAUAACUUCACUGGUAUCAUCACAAAAUGUCCAAUCCAGGUGACAAUCCAGGGAAUAUUUCAGGAUUUGUUUACCGGCAAGGCAUUCAACAUUUUUUACCCUGGAAACAAUGUUCCAGAUGUUUUCACAAGUCAAUGCAACAUAUCUUCGGUAUCCUUUACCGUAUCUCAUUCUAAACUCAGAUAUUUAAACACCUGCAUCGUGUACAAUUUCAACACAAAACAUCAUAAUCUUUUAAGGAACCUUGCGAUAAUGCAAAGAUUCUUUCUGAUACUCAACAACAGGACCAAGGAUAAAAUAAUCAUAUAUGGUCCAGCCUGUCAUGGCAUUUCUGAGGGAGAUGAAUAUACAACAUGGUUAAGCCAUUGGAAAUUGGGUAGUCACGAGGCAGGACCUGGAGACGAGAUUAGUAUUUCAGUAUAUAAUAGAGAUGAUGCUGAUACCAUUUUUGAGGUGAAAGAGAUCGGCUUCAAUCUUGGGUACGAAGAGGCAGGUGUUGAUUCAGCCUGUGAUGAUCCUUGUCAGUUUGUCAUAUCUGUCAAACAACAGCCAUCGGAAUAUCACGGAGCAACACAGCUAUACUUUCUUGGUGAUCACGGAGUACAUGUUGAUGGUCUAAUGAAGAAAAUAUUACAGUGAAAUUUACUAGUUCGGUCUUGCACCCAGCAAGUGUACGUAAUAAGCACAUAUUACUAGCAUCAUCGUCAGUUGCGGAUUCAAAUUUUUUUUAUUUUAUUGACAGACAUAAUUCUAAGAAAAUUAUGUCAUGAUGUGUAUGAUCUGCUGCCAGAUGUAUAAAAUUUUUUUGUCUCUUCUCUUA